GUGAUGAUAUGUUCCAUUGGCAAGCAACCAUCAUGGGCCCUAAAGAUUCUCCUUACGAAGGCGGUGUCUUCUUCCUUAACAUAAACUUCCCCAGUGAUUAUCCCUUCAAGCCCCCGAAGUGUCACUUCACCACUAAGAUAUAUCACUGCAAUAUUAGUGCCAAUGGUUCCAUCUGUCUCGAUAUCCUCAAGGAUCAGUGGAGUCCAGCACUAACUAUAUCCAAG